CUCACAGGAUUAUUGGUGAACAUCUGAUGCUCACCUGGAAGACUCUGAUUCUGGCCUCAAACCAGGUACAAAAGCAAACACGUUUGGCUUUGUGAAGAACACAUGAAGUGAAUAGGACUAUAACUUACCUGCAGCACAACAGAUCAUUUAUUGCUGUACCACGGAAGACUGGCAACUAACAGUUGACUGAAUUUACAAGAGUCAACCACUGGACUCCUACAUAAUCAACAUGAAUCUCGUAAGUAAUGGAUUGUCUGUGCAGUGCUACCUGAAGCCCAAGAUGAUAGGCAAGAUGAGAAGAAGAGUUCAAGACAUGAGGAACCCAAAAUCUCUGGUGCCUUCAAUGGACCUGAGUCACAACGAGAGCACACGACUGGCCAUGGAUGCCCUCCUGGACAAAGGGCUAGAAGGAUACCAGGAGGUUCUGGUCAAGGAGAACGAAGCAAACUUUCUUUCAGUGGAUGAGAAAGCAUACAUCUUAAACAACAUUAAAAAGCCUCUUGCUGAGAACGAGGCGGCAGACCAGGAUGUGGGGGGGUCUAGUUCUCCAUCAAUUUCUUCUCAAACAUACUAUCCUAUGGUCACAGAGAGUGAACCUCCAGUUCUUGACUACGGCUGGCCAGUGGCUGACUGGAGUUACUACCUACAAGGGAUUCCUAGUGUGGAAGUUUUUUUCCAGUCUGUAAACUCUACUUCCAUGAAGGACCUACUGAGAGAACUCAUCAGGAAAGCAACUAAAGUUUUGGCGAUAGUCAUGGACACAUUCAGCGAUGUGGAGAUUUUCUGCGACAUACUGGAUGCAACAAGAAAACGCAAUGUGUAUGUUUACCUCCUCCUGGACCACACCAAUAUACAGGUGUUUGAGGAAAUGUGUGAAAAUUUGAAAAUCGACAAGUCACACCUUGCUCGAAUGUCAAUUCGUAGCAUUCAAGGUGAAACAUACUGUGCCAAAUCAGGAAGAAAGUUCACUGGCCUGGUGACAGAGAAGUUCAUCAUUGUGGACUGCACACAAGUGCUGGUUGGCUCGUACAGUCUUACUUGGCUGUCCUGGCAGGUUCACAGGAGCUUGGCUGUCCUUUUCAAAGGCAGUGGGGUUAAACCUUUCGACCUGGAGUUCCGCAGGAUAUAUGCCAUUUCUAAACCAGUCCCAGGAUUUUCCUGCAACUCAUCAAACACUGGUGAUCACUGCAUUCUCCCAUCCUUGGAGAAACUACAGACCCCGAUCUGCCCAGCAGGCAUUGGAGGAGGCACUGCCCCAAAGACUGAACAUCUCAAACAGGAGCAUCUGAACCCCAGGAACCUAAGUUUUCCAACACCUCCAGUACUGGUAAGACGAACCAGCAAUCCAUGCAUCACAGCUGGACAACAAAGAUCUCAAUGGCUUCCACGGAGGAACACAAUUCAUAGCCCCAUAGCUUGUCCGUUGCCUUUCUUCCGUGAUUAUAAUACUAGGGGCCCAACCUGGAGCCCAGUACAGAACAGUAACAUAAACAGAGGUGUUCAUGGUAUGUCCCAUUGGUGCUAAACCAAGUUAACGUAACAGCAUUUA